AUGCAGGGAGAAUUUGAGAUGUCAAUGAUGGGAGAACUCACUUUCUUCCUCGGAUUACAAAUCAAACAAAUGGAGGAAGGAACCUUCAUCUCUCAAACCAAGUACUGCAAAGAAAUACUCAAAAAGUUUGAGGUGAACAAUGCUAAAGAGGCAUCUACUCCCAUGGGAACGUCCUGCUACCUUGACAAGGAUGAGACAGGUAAAGAGGUAAGUCAAACAAAAUACAGAGGUAUGAUUGGCUCUCUACUAUAUCUUACUGCUAGUAGACCUGAUAUCAUGCAAAGUGUAUGUGUGUGUGCUAGGUUUCAGUCAAGUCCUAGAGAGUUUCAUCUUACGGCUAUAAAACGCAUCUUUAAAUAUCUAAAGGGGACAACAUCUUUUGGGUUAUGGUAUCCCUCAGGAGCUGAGCCUAGUCUUGUAGGAUUUUCUGAUGCUGAUUAUGGAGGUUGCAAAAUAGAUAGGAAAAGCACUAGUGGAACCUGUCACUUUCUAGGUAGUUCCUUAGUCUCCUGGCACUCUAAGAAACAAGCCUGUGUAGCUUUAUCAACCACUGAAGCCGAAUACAUUGCUGCGGGUAGUUGUUGUGCACAAAUCUUAUGGAUGAAGUAG